AUGACGGAACAAGAAGAAAAGAAUAUUCGUCUAGUCAAAGAAUAUAUGCAAAUCAGCUACGAUUCUGAACGUUCAUCAUCAAAAAAUGUUGCUUAUCUUGUUGCUUCAGAUAAUAAAUUUAUUGCACCAACAACAUUUCUUAAUACACAUAAUUGUCAAGCAUAUGCUGAUGAACAUGGAAUAACUGAAAUUGAUUAUUUAAUUGCCAAAGAUGAUCAAGUUGCAUUGUGUUAUUCAACUGAAGGAAGAAUUCCGGCAAUAGGACGAAAAGCCAAAUGGACAGCUGCUGCAUUGUAUAAAUUCAAUAGCGAAGGAAAAAUUACAUUGUUUAUUAAAGAAUGGGAUAAAUUAUUGAUGUGGAAGCAAUUGGGUUUUCCAUUAGAAGAAGCAACAAAAAUUCCAUCAACGUAA